AUUAAAUAAAAAAAAAAAGAAAUUAAAAAACAAACAAAAACAAGAAAAGAAGAAGAGAGAGAAAAAUGUUCGUCUGGUUCUGACGAACCAUCUUGCCGAAAUCAGAAUUUUUAUACGCUCUUCUCUUCCUUUCUGAAACCCUAGAACAGACAAAUUCCAAUUCCAUUUUGAUCCAUCGGAGACUGCAUAUCCGCCGCAGUGUCCCGCAACCACCGUCGCCGCCGCCGUCCCACACUUCUACUCCAACCAUUUGAUCACUUCCGAGACCUCUGAAAUUCACUAUCAACUGCGUUUCUCUUGCCUCUAAAUUUUGGAGAUUUUGUUGAUUUCCGAGAUGACGAUUCUGAAGUUAAUUCAUCCUCCGUCAUCGGCCUUCUGAGUCCCUUCCAGAAAGGUUCUCCAAGCUGUAUCUGUCCUCAUCAUGUAUCAUGCUAAGAAAUUUUCAACUGCGAGCUUAGUGCCACACAAAUCUCAAGGUGCUGAACAAGGUGCGAGUGUUGCGGUUCUUGGUGGAUCUUCAGCCAAAAGUUCAAUGCCACCUGGAGGAGGCGGAAAACAACGCUUGCGAUGGACAUCAGAUCUUCAUGACCGAUUUGUCGACGCCAUCACACAGCUCGGUGGACCAGAUA